GAAUUCACUUACUCUUAAAAAUUAACAGGUGUAUUGACAAAAAUACUCUUAAUUAAGUGGGGCUUUGAAACUAUAACAAACAUCAAAUUUGGGUAAAAGGCGUUAUUACAACAUCUAGAAAAAGAAAAAAGAAAAAAAAACCUAACCCCUCUCUUCUCUCUCCUCACCGGAGUAUACUUCCGCCAUCGUGUCCGGCGAUGGCCAAAGGGCAAAGAAAAGGGCGAGGACGCCCAAGAAAGGACCAACCUGAAGUGGGUAGCUCAGGUCCGACUGAAGUGGAGAAUCAAAGUCAAUUGAAGACAAGCGAAACCCCACCUCCUCCACUGCUACAAACUCAAUCGGCGGUUCUUAGGGCUUUAAGUGGUACGAAGGCGGGGUUGAGUGAAGUAGCAAAAUCGUCUAGUGCCGCUGGUGUUGCGAGGACACUCCAGCUAGCGACAACGCCGCCAUCGAACCCAAUAGUUACCAUGACGACUGCAACAUCGGUUUCUGUGCAAGGAACGAGUCAGAGACAAGAGAAUUCUACUGUUCCAGAGCCAAGUGCAGCAGAUAAGGUAACAGAACCAAAAACCUGGGCUAAACUCUUUGCUGGGAAUCGAAGUGCUGCUAAUGAUAUGACUCUUGAAUAUAUUCCACCGGAAAUUAUCAAUGGAACAGUGACUGUGCAGCUAGAAAAAGAUGAUUAUGAUAGAGAAACUGAGAAAUGGAGUAGUGUACUGAUUGUAUAUAGGAUAGGACAAACACCAGGUUAUAACUAUAUGCGACGAUUUAUCACUCAAACAUGGUCCGCUGUUGCUAAACCUGCUAUAUUCUAUCACAAAGAGGGUUACUAUGUUGUUAAAUUUCAAGACAAAUAUGAUAUGAAUGAAAUUCUGUUUACUGGGCCAUAUUCCAUCAACAAUAGACCCUUGAUUCUGAAACCAUUGACCCUUUUUUUUAGUUGAACUCUGAAUUCUUGACGGAGAUACCUCUAUGGGUCAGAUUUCCCAAUCUCCCUAUGAGCUGUUGGAGUAGCAAUGCCUUGAGUAGGAUUGGAAGUGCUAUAGGCACCCCAUUAUAUGCUGAUGGCUGUACUACUAAGCAGACAAGGAUAUCCUAUGCUAGGAUGUUAAUUCAAGCAAAUGUCACAAAGCCUUUACCAUCAGUGAUCAAUGUGGGAGCCCCUGAUGGUAGAGCUUUUGAACAGGACAUUGCCUAUGACUGGAAACCUGAAUUCUGCGAAAGUUGCUAGAGAAUUGGCCACAUUUGCCAGCCUCAGCCUGUUAUUACUGAACAAUAUCAUGAACAAUCUAGACGGAGGAAGAGAGUUAGACGAGCCCCUCAAGCUAACCAGCAAGCUCCUCAAGCUAACUAGCAAGCCUCUCAAGCUAGACAACAAGCCUCUCAAGCUAACCAACAAGUCCAACAUGUGUGGAAAGCUAAGGAAACUGAAGGUGUGCAAAAAACAGUGGAGAUAUCAGGAGAUAAUAUAAAAAUAGGGGGUUCUACUUCGACUGAUUCAACAGUUGUUCCCAUAGCUAAUAGUACUGAGAUUAGUACUUUAGUUUCACAGAAAUCUCCAGUACAGGGCCAGGAUGGAGUUCAACCUGGGCCAACUGAAGCUAGUUGUAGUGCUAGUCCCCUGAGCCCGGAUUAUCUGAUGGAGUUCCCAGAACUCGUUGUUGGAUCUGCAAGGCGGAAGAGUAUGGCAGUGAAUUUAGUGAAUUUGAGACCCUAAAGACCACCUGGACCAUCCCCUCUAGCUAUAGGGGUGCCAGUCUCCCAAUCGAUAUGACUUGGUUAGUGUGGAAUAUUAGGGGUAUCAACAAGGGGUAUAAACAAAAGGAGCUGAAAACUUAUUUCAACAGAAGCAUAUUAAACUAGUUGGCCUCCUAGAAACAAGAGUUAAAGAGUUUAAAGCUAGCAAAGUGAUGAAGAUGAUUGCUCCCAAGUGGGAAGUGCAUUAUAACUACCUUAAUGCCCACAAUGGUAGAGUAUGGCUAAUGUGGGAUCCUGAAGCUUAUAAUGUUACUGUUAUGCAAACUGAGGCUCAGUUUAUUCAUGCCAAGGGUCAGCAGAGAAGUCAAAGUCUUGAGUGCUUAUUGACUAUAGUGUAUGGAUACAACACUACUGCUCAAAGGAAAUCCUUAUGGGAUGAAUUAUCAAUUGUAUCCCAGAAUAUAAACAUUCCAUGGAUUGUUUGUGGGGAUUUUAAUGCAAUGCUAUACCCCCAAGAUAGGUUGUUUGGUAAUCCUUUAACCCUAGUUGAUGUUAAGGAGUUUGCUGAUUGUGUUCAUAACUUUACAUCUUAAUGAACUUGCUUGGAAUGGGGACUACUAUACAUGGACCAAUAGACAACAUAGAGUAGAUAGAAUUAGUAGCAGGCUGGAUAGGGCUUUUGGUAAUGAUCUAUGGAUGAUGCAAUGGGGACAUUUAUAUAUAGAGUAUGAUCUUCCCGCAAUUUCUGAUCAUUCUCCUAUGCUAUUCAAGAUUAAAGAGUCUAGAUGGGUUCCUAAAGUUACAUCUAGGUUCUUCAAUGUAUGGGCUGAUCAUGAAGGCCUUGCUCCUCUUAUAGAAUCUAUUUGGAAGAAGAAUCAGGAUGGUGACACCAUGAGAUCUAUUUGGGCCAAACUCAAGAGCCUUAGACCACUAUUCAAGAACCUGAAUGCUGAAGAGUUCAAAAGAGUUAGACAGAAAAUUGAAAAGGCUAGGUAUGAACUAAAGGUGGUACAAGAAUCUAUAGCUAUGUAGUACUCUGACCAACUAUUGAAUUAGGAGAAAAAUAAAGUAAUGCAACUUGAGAAGUGGUCACUCAUUGAAGAAAGUAUUAUGAAACAGAAGUCUCGGGUAAAAUGGAUGAAAUUAGGAGAUUCUCAUACCAAGUAUUUCAUUGCUGUAAUGAAAGAAAGGAGUCACAAAAAAUGCAUCCAAGAACGCACUGCUACUAAUGGGAUUAAGCUUACUGACCCUAAUGAUAUCAAGGCUGAAAUUGUCAAAUUUUAUAAGGGGCUGAUGGGUACUACUGUUGCAUUACUUCUUGCAGUUAGAGCCCGUUUGGAUUGGCUUAUAAGUUGCUUCUAAGUUGCUUAUAAGCUGUUUUCAGCUUUUUUGAGUGUUUGGCUGGUCAGCUUAAAGUCAUUUUGUGCUUAAAAUAAGCUCAAAAAAAUAAUUUGGCCCAUUUGACUUAGCUUAUCUAAAGCAGCUUAUAAGCUGAAAACAGCUUAUAAGCCAAAAAAAAUAAGUUAGACUACCCCAACUUAUUUUUUUUAGCUUAUAAGCUGCAAACAGCUUAUAGGCAUAAGCCCAUCCAAACGGGCUCUUAGUAGAGUGGUUAUGGCCAAGGGCCCUUAACUGACCUAUGGUAAAAAAUUGGCUCUAUGUGCUGAAGUUACAGAAAAAGAUGUAACUUGGGUUCCCAGCUAAUUUCUCCAGGUGGAUCAUGGCGUGUGUUAAAACAGUCAACUACUCAAUACUGGUUAAUGGAGAACCGACAAAGCCAUUUGAUGCUGCUAAAGGGCUCAGGCAAAGAGACCCUAUAUCUUCUUUCCUGUUUGCACUGGCCAUGGAAUAUUUAAGUAGAAGCUUGAACUUGUUGAAAGAGAAGAACGAGUUUAAAUACCAUCCUAAAUAUGCCAAACUUGGUAUUACACACCUUAUCUUUGCCAAUGAUUUGCUCUUGUUUGCGAGAGGUGACCUAAAUUUCGAAUCUUGCCUUCAAAACUGUUUCCUUCAAUUUUCUACUGCCUCUGGUUUGCAAGCUAAUAUGGACAAGAGCUCAGUUUAUUUUGGAGGGUUCACACUGGAGAAUAGAGAAGUGAUAUCAAGUCAGUUGGGGUUUGGACAGGGAGAAUUGCCUUUCAAUUAUUUAGGUGUCCCUUUAGCCACCAAAAACUGUCCAUCAUCCAAUGGCAACCUCUGAUUGAUAAAAUAGUGGCCAGAAUUUCAUCUUGGACUGCUAAACAGUUGUCCUAUGCUGGUCGAACACAAUUAGUUCACUCUGUCCUCUUUGGUAUACAAGCUUAUUGGUCACAACUUUUCCAGAUGCCCGCUAAGGUAAUGAAGCUAAUUGAAGCUCACUGCAAGAGCUACAUUUGGUCGGGCACAAACUCUAUAACAAAGAAGGCUUUGGUCGCUUGGGACAGGGUCUGUUCCCCUAAGUGUGUUGGUGGGCUGAGCCUAAUAAAUUUGAAAAUUUGGAAUAGAGCUGCAUUAACUAAAUCUAUUGGGACCUCGCCAACAAGCAGGAUAAAUUGUGGAUUAAAUGGGUCCAUAUAUAUAUAUAUAUAGAGAGAGAGAGAGAGAGAGAGAUUGACCUAUGUCCUAUUCCUUCUCAGGCUAGUUAGUUAUUGAAAAAGAUUUUCGAAGCCAGACAAACUUCAGGGAAUAUCCAAUAGCAGAAUGUACAAGGCAAGAGUUUCAUCAGACAUGUGUAUCUACUGCUACUUGAACCCACAGUGAGAGUGCCUUGGAAAUGUUUCAUGUUCAAGAAUGAUGCGAGAGCUAAAGCAAUGUUCACCAUGUGGCUUCACUUGCAGGGAAGGCUACUUACCAGUGACAAGUUGCUAGACUGGGGCAUUCAAGUUGAUGCAGAAUGUGUGUUCUGUCAUGCACCAUUAAAAACCAAAGCUCAUCUAUUUGUGUAUUACGAAUUUGCUAGAAGAUUGUGGGAUAGGGUGUUGCUUUGGCUAUAAAGGCAACAUUAUUCAGCAAGUAGUUGGGAUCAACAUCUGGCCUCGGCAAUGCAAAAGAUAAAGGAAGAACUCAAGCUGCGGCUAUCUUUAAACUUGCUUAUGCUGAAGUGAUACAUGCUAUUUGGAUAGAGCAAAAUCUGAGAAUUUUCGAGCACAAAGAGAGAACAGUGGAGGGGAUUGCAAAGGAGGUGGCUUUCAUAUGUAAUGUUAGGGCUUCACCUGGUAUUGGAUCCUUGAUACAGGGAUUGACUUUCUAAGUUGUAGGUUGGAGUAUGUAUUAGUUUUAUUGUUUACUACCUAUGGUGAAGGUGCGUGAUGCCCUAUUCAUAAGGUGACUAGUUUCCUUUCACCUCUGUCUAUAGGUUUAGGAGUAUUUGGUGGUUCUGUUUUGAGAUAGCCGGGUGUGUAUCCGGGGCUGUGGCUAUGUAAA